GAAGAAUGACGUCACAGGAGAGGUAAAAAAACAUGGCUGCCCCCGACGAGUCGAGACGUUUUUCUUAAUUUUAAGUGUUUAAUAUCCACUUCUGAACGAUCAUGCUUACCAUGGACAAAGUAGAGAACAUUGUGCCAUCUGCUGAGGAGGAGGAGAUGGAGGAAGAGGAGGAGGGAGAAGAAGCAGGAGAAAAGGAGGAAGAAAAGGUAGAUCAGAAAGGAGGUAAACAAGAAGAAGAUGGACCACAGGAAAGUGGAGUUGAAAAGGAAACGAAAGAAGAAGCCGUGCCGCCGGCUGCAGCUCAAACUAAAACGGCUAAAAAGAAGAAAAAGAAUCCCUUUCCGAUGAAAACCAAAGAGAAAAGGCCGGACGAAGGCCUGAACCUCAACAACGAGGUGGUGAGGAUGAGGAAGGAGGUGAAGAGAGUGAGAGCGCUGAUCUUCAGGAAGUUGACGCGACAGGUUGCCGCCCUGAAGAAGAAGAAAGGGACGGAGAUGGAGAUCGAGAAAAACCAGAGGAGAGCUGCCAGACUGCUGGAGGAGGUCCACGCCAUGAAGGGCCUCUCCCCUGACGUGGUGACCAAAACAGCUCUGCAGAAGAAUCUGAACUUUGAACAUGUGUGUAAAAACCCAAAGUCUGAUAUAUCUGAUCGGGCCACGGCGCGCAUCGCUACUCAUCCUCAGUUCAAGAAGAAGAUCGAGACCAUCAAAGCUGCUGUGAAAGCCUUCAAAGAAGAGCGGAUGAAGGGAGGAAAGCAGGCAAUUAAAGAAAAGCCACAAAAUAAACCUCUCAAGGUGACGCCUCAGACUCCAGAGAAAAAGGUAGAGAGCAAGAGUGAGAAAGUAGAGGAGGAUAUUGAAGUGGAGCGACAGGAAAUCAUAGAGGAUAAGAAAGUGGAGGAUAUCGUUAGAAACACUGAAACGGUAGCUGUUGUCGAGCCGGAAAAGGAAACCGUGAAAGCAACUCCUUCAAGUGAAACUGCUGAUGUGGAAAUAAAGGAAAUGCCCGAGUCUAAGAUUGAAAAGGGAAGCGUGAAAGCAACUCCUUCUGCUGAUGUGGAAAUACAAGAAAUGCCCGAGUCUAAGAUUGAAAAGGGAACCAUGAAAGCAACUCCUUCAGCUGAUGUGGAAAUAAAGGAAAUGCCCGAGUCUAAGAUUGUAAAACCAGCUGCAAUCAAAGUAAGUGAAGCAAAGGACGAUGUGAAAAACACACCUAAAAGUAACGUUGUAGAGAAGAAACCGGAGACGAAGCCGGCACCUGAAGAGCUCCAGGAAACCAGGAAGACGGAGGAGGUGGAGAGCGAUUUAGAGAUAUCGGACGAUGAGGAGAAAGAGUACUUUGACGACAGCACGGAGGAACGAUUCCACAAACAGUCCUCUCACUCGGAGGAAAGCGACGACGACGAUGGCGGCUUCUUCGUCGGGAAAGUGAACAAAUACAAGAGGAAGAGAAAGCAGAAGAGUGGAGAUGGGGAGAAGUCACAUAAACAAAGUGAGGUGAAGAGUUCAGACCCAGUUCAGAAUGAGCUGGAUGAGCUGGAGACCAGGCUGAAGUCGAAAAAGAACUCGUUUCAGUCCGUUUUCUGUCCGUCCCUUUCUUCGUCUGGAGGAGGGAGAGGGAGAGGGAGAGGUGGGGAAAGAUUUAUGAGUCGAGGGAAUCCAAGAGGUGAUGGUGGUCCAAAUAGAGCUUUUAGACGAGAGUCCAAGUUCCAAAAUCAAGAGGAAGACGGAGGAGGAGGUGGAGGAGGAGGAGGAGGGGAAAGAAAUUCAGGCUCCAAAUACAGUAAGCCGUCAGAGGGGGGUUUCAGAGGCAGAGGUCGAGGGAGAGGAGACUUUACGGGGCAAAGUGACCGAAGAGGGCGAGGUGGAUUCUCCCAGCAGCCACCAGAACAGGCUUUGCAUCCAUCUUGGGAGGCGAGUCGGAAAAGGAAGGAGCAACAAGGACAGAUCCUGGCUUUCCAGGGCAAGAAGAUCAAGUUUGACGAUUAGUUGGUGGAACAUUUUGUUGUUUAUUGACACUGAAUACUUUUUGGUUUCGCGUCUUUCGUGCGUUAUUCGGGAUAUCUGGUUCAGUGACAAAUGUGUUGUGCCAUGAAUGUAAUCAUUUCCUAAACGGUAAUAUAAUUUGCACUGAACGUGAUUGAUAUAAUAAAACAUAACGUCAACAGUUGUAAUAAAAUGUCCUGACUGACAUUGUUAUAACAUUUUACUAAUAUAUUUAUGAAAUCGUUUUGAUGGAUGAUAUAAUAAUGUAAAAUAUGGAUGCUUUGAUUUCUUAGGAGAUGUGAAGCAUGCAAGUAAACAGCAUGUAUCACACUGUUAUGCAGGGCCGUCCCUCCCUACAGGCUGACCAUGCAGACUGCGUGUGGCCUCACCUCGCGGAGGGGGCCUCAUCUUGCAGAGGGUGCCUCAACUGAGCCGAAAAUGCGGUGCACCUAUGCGCUUAAACAGAGCGCCUCAUAUAAUUUUGCAUGGGGCCUCAUGUUGGCCAGGGACGGCCCUGGUGUUAUGUGAGUUUACUAUGAACGACUUGACGUCUCUUGUACAUUUUUUUUACAUUAUUGGCACAAUUUCCAUCUCAAUAUCAGUCAGGACAUUUUAGUAAGUUAUGUUAUGAUAUGUUUCUAUUCCACAAUCAGGUUAAAUGCAUAUUACAUUUAUAGGUUUUUAUACGGCUUUUUCCAUCCUCAAAAGACAACAAACCUGGAGGUUAUUUUUUUAAAACAUACAGAUUAAAGUAUUUUUAUUCCUAAAGAUGAUUUGAUUCUUAACUGUGAAAUGCUUUACCAUAUAUUAGAUGUAAUAGUCAACAGUUUGAGGAACAAUUGAUGUGAGAAUACUUAAGUUAGAAAUGUAAUGGUAGGGCUUUUGGAAAUAUUGUUGUUCUUUCUUGUAAUUGUUUCUUUAAUUUAUAAACCGGUUAGCCAUUUCACUGCUUUGUUCCAGAUUUCGUAUAAUAAACAUUUGAAGAAAUUGAUGUAUGGUUAAAAAAAACAUGAUUAUCUUUUGCAGAAAAAUCUUAAAGCGAAAUUUGUUUCCUUGUUUUUCUGUACUUGUCCCUUACUAAUAUGUGAUUAAUAAUCAAUAUAAAAUGUAUAGGUAGACACAGGUUUGAUAUACUCUAUUGUCUAUCUUUAGUCCCUGAAAGCUACAUUAAAUAAUUACAAUCAUAAAUCUCAUUUCUAUCGUGAAAACAGACACGUUAUAGAGUGGUGCAGCGACGCGUCCUAAAACCCGGAAGUAAGCUGCGCAUGGGUACCUUAUAAUUUUCUAAUCAUAAAUCUAAUCGAUAGAUUUAUGAUUAGAAAAUUAUAAAAGUAAGGUAGACAUGUGGAUAUUAUCCGGCUGAACAAAACGUGAUCCGUCUCUUAAAUCCAUCUCUGAUCAAUAUGGAAAGGUAAAUAAAGGAAGUAUUGACUGGUUUCUAAAUGU